AUGCGCUCCUCGCUGCUGCGCGCGCGUCGUCUGGGCCAGCGCCUGGCCGCCACCCGCCGCGGCUUCCACGCCGGCGCCGUCACUGCGUUCCCCGAGAUCCCGUUCAAGCUCGCGGACAUCGGCGAGGGCAUCGCCGAGGUGGAGGUGCUGCAGUGGUUCGUCAAGAGCGGCGACGAAGUCAAGCAGUUCCAGAACGUGUGCGAGGUGCAGAGCGACAAGGCCACGGUGGAGAUCACCAGCCGCUACGACGGCGUCGUCACCAAGGUGCACUACGAGGUGGGCGACAUGGCCAAGGUCGGCUCCACGCUCAUCGACAUCGACGUGGACGAGGCCACGGCCGCCACGGUGCAGGGCGGCGGCAAGAAGAAGGCGUCCCCCAUCCCGCGCGCCGCCCCCACGCCCGUGGCUGCUGCUCCUACUCCUACUCCUGUUCCGGCGCCGGCUCCUGUGGCGCCAACCCCCACGCCCGUGCAGGCCUCGACGCCCGUCGCCUCGAGGAUUCCGAUCGCACCUCGUAGACUUGACAGCGACGAGAAGUUUUUGACGUCACCGUCGGUGCGGCGACUGGCCAAGGAGCACAACAUUGACCUGCACGAUGUGGAGGGCACGGGCCCGCAAGGUCGCAUCCUCAAGGGAGACCUGCUGGAGUACAUCAGAGUGCUGGCUGCCCAGCCGUCGAAACCUGCGACGUCUGGCGGCCAGAAGGCUGCGGCUACUACUCCUCCUCCUGCUGUCGACGGGUCGAAUGCGGUGUACUUGCAGCAAGACACAGUGGUGCCGCUGACGCCUAUCCAGAAGAUGAUGGCCAAGUCGAUGAAUGCGGCACUGCAGGUCCCUCAUUUUGGCUACGCGGAUGAGAUCCGAAUGGAUGCGCUGUACGAUCUCCGGAAGGAGUUGAAGCCGCUCGCGGAGUCGCGCGGUGUGAAGCUAUCGUUUAUGCCUUUCAUCAUCAAGGCUGCGUCCCUGGCGCUCAAGCACUACCCCAUGCUCAAUGCCACUGUGAACGAUACCGAGACGGAGCUGACACUUGUCGCGGCUCACAACAUUUCGGUCGCCAUGGACACGCCCACGGGCCUGAUCGUACCGAACGUCAAGAACGUGCAGACGAAGAGCAUCAUGGAGAUUGCGGAGGACCUUAACCGUCUUCAGCAGCUCGCAGUUGCAGGAAAGCUCGCCCCCGCCGACCUCACCGGAGGAACAUUCUCGAUCUCCAACAUCGGCAGUAUUGGCGGCACGUACAUGAGCCCCGUCCUCAUGGUUCCUCAAGUGGCUAUCGGAGCCAUUGGCCAGAUCCAGAAGCUUCCACGAUACGACGCAGAGGGCAACGUCGAGCCCGUGCGCCUAAUGAAUGUGUCCUGGAGUGGUGACCACCGUGUGAUCGACGGAGCGACGAUGGCUCGCUUCUCGAAUCAGUGGAAGGCGUACCUCGAAACGCCGGUUAGUAUGCUCACAGAAAUGAGUUGA